GAUGUGCAUCCUGAGAACGGUGCUGAAGAGGAAGAGGAGGAUGAUGCCGAUGCCGAGGAGGGCGAAGACGAGUAAUUCUUUCUGUUGCUUGCGCAUAGGCAGCUCUUCUUCCGGUUAG